GUUCAUUCAAGUGUCUUUGUGUCGUUUGUUCGGGGCAGUUAAUACCCGUGGACGUGUUAAUUGAUUUAAGUUGUAACGCGACUGCAUUUUUCACCUUUUAUUCCACUUAUUCCUUGUAUUUGACAAAGUUAAACUCGAAUGAUGCCACUUCACCUUUCUUCACCAUGGCCCCUUAUGCCGCGAAUCCGAUUAAUGAAGCCCAAAGGAAAGCCUUCAAUGGCGAAACCGAGAGUCAAGACAGUCAAGCCAUGUUAGAAACGUUCAUGCGCAAUCAUGGUAUGGGUGCGCUAAGCAGUCUACCUGCACAAGUCGAGCCUCUUUAUCAAUCAAAGGGAGAGAAUGCCAAGAUAUCAAACAAAAACCCUACAAAAGUACAAAUUUCACAUUCAGCAAGGAAAUGGUUUAAAAUACCAUCAGAAAUCCGAGAGCAACCGGCGAACGCGUCAAACGCGCUCCAAGAACUUGAUCCUACGAACGAGUCUUCGGACCAGCCGACCCGCUCGAGCUUACCCUUGGGCUGCAAACCCGAGGAGUCUGCCAUAAUUCUUGGUCAACCUAUUGCCAACAAUAAUGCGACCACCUGCACGAACGAAAGAACGAGUCAGUUGAUUGACACCGAAGCCAUUCCCGCAUGUGUAUCAACCGAUACACCGAAGACCGGAGAGAUGUCGUCGGGAUCCACCACGCAGUCGAACGACGACCGCAGUUAUGAGCAGUAUUCUAAAGCCAGCUCACAGCCACAUCUACAACCGUCGUCGCAGGGGAGUAGUGAUCAAGAAUAUCGGACUCUUCAAGAGGAUGAGACGGGAUUUAUAAAAUUUAGGCGCACUCAAUUUGACUUGCCGGAGUCCAUUUCACGAGAGGCUGAUCUCAACCCCGCCAUUGCCAGCGACCCAACGAGAAGGUCGCAAUCAAUAUCGCAGGUACCUGAGACAGAUGGCCCGUACGAGGCAUGUCCUGAGACCCCUGCGGUAGUCCAAAGGCUAUUGCAACAUGGAGGAAAUGAGGUGCAGUUGAUGGCAGCCUCGCAGCUUUUUGGGCAAACUCAAUGGACAUCAGCUGUAAAGAAAUUUAGUCCUACAUCAUCUCGCCCAUCGCCCGAUGUUUUUAAUCACAUCGCCACUUCCCCAAAUCCUGCGAUGUCAUCCCCCUUAAAAAAUAGGGGACUGAGGACAUCCCCAACCAACGUUUUUACUUCAAGUCCGGUACAUGUCAGAACCUCGUCUAAGCCUUUGGAUGACAAAACGCCUUCUCUCCCUACUAACAGCCGCGAGGAGGAAGGUCUUCAUCAAAAAAGUAUCGCCGAGACCCCAAUCGCGCGACCCAAUGUACCCAAGCGAAGGGCUGUCCUAGAACCCAUUGGCGAGUACAAACCUUUGCGAAAGCAAAGCUUGGAAAUAGUGACUGCUAAAUCUAUAGAGCACAGCGAUGAUGAACAAGAUUCUGACUUCGAGAUGGACGCAGUUGCGCGCCGUCGUAUGUUGGCUAGGCUAAGACAGGAGAAGGCCAGCAAAUCCUUUCCAUCUGUCAGUCUCUUUCGGUCAGAUUCAAAUAGGGAUGGGGAUGUAGAGGUACCGUCAACCAGUCGCCCUCAAUCUGCUCAGAAUAGACGGAUAGAAAAGCAGAAAACGACUCGAUAUUACGGCAAGUCUGCGAGUGAUGAUGGCGCGUCGCAAGAAACCAUUGCGGAUUCCCAGGAAGGCUUAGCACCACCACCGCCGCCGCAACAGUACACGAAAAGUAGUUCGAAUGCGACGAACAAAUCUAAUGGGGCAAGCACCGACCUUGAAGGACCUCGCAACAGUAGUCUCCCGCUGCCUAGAGCACUUCUAUCUGACGCGGAAUAUAGGGAGACCAUUCCAGAGACUAGUCCGUCAGGUACUCUAAUAGAGCCACCGAGAUUAUUAGAUGAUAUAAUGAGACAAGAGUCCAGCAUAAGGUCCGAAAUAGAAACCGUCUCAUUUCCAGUCUUAUCCAACGGCACAGAUCCCGAGCAGCAGCCAAAUGAACCAGAUGAACCUAAGUCCUCAAGCCUUCCAGAACCGCUCUCCUUGAUUCGUACAGACCGAAAAGAAAAAUCUGGCCGGGGUCGACCUCUAGAUUCCUCACCCUCUGUCGUCCAAGCAUCCCCGUCCCCGAGCGGCACCCGUCGAUCAACACGACCCCAGGAUAUAGUUACACCAACCUCAAUUGAACACAACCCACCUCUUCUAUCAGAUCCCGGUACAAGGUCAUCGACCUUGACAAGUCUGUCGGCAACACCUAGUAUGCCUUCAAGCAUUACACCCAACACAGAACCUGAGCAUGUGUCAGAGGAUAACGAAAGACAUAUUAGUUCAUCACCGCCGGCAGCAAAGCCAGACUAUGAUAGAAGAUUAUCAUCAACUCUUCCCAAACCACUGCCUCCAUUCCCUAAGAUGAAGAGGCAAUCUCCACGUCGUGAUAGUACUAGACGGUCAACAUAUCAUGAUUCACUAUCAACUGAUGAGUUGGCUGGGUCGCCAAUAUCCGUAUCAAGCAUGCCAGAGCGAAGAGCUCCCACCCGGAAGCCAUCAAGGAAAUCUUUAGCCAAUCAAAGUUCACGUCGUGUGUCAACGGCAAAACAAGGCAUCUUCGAGGGGAUGGUUUUUGCAAUAUCAUUCCAAAAUGCACAGGGCCGGAAAAGCAAUGAGAAGCACCCCGAACGAGUAAUUAUCGAGCAAAAGAUUCGCCAAAAUGGUGGCAGGAUCCUAUCUGAUGGAUUCGACGAACUUUUUAAAUUUGAUUCUUUCCAAGCUACCAGCAGCACCGCUUCAGUUCCUACUCUGUCUAGCUCGCUUACGCUGCUCAACGCAGAUACUGGGUUCACGGCCUUAAUAGCGGACGGACACUCGCGAAAAGUGAAGUACAUGCAGGCGCUUGCACUCGGUAUUCCAUGCCUGGCGCCCAGAUGGGUCACAAAUUGCGUAGCCAAGCAGGAAAUAGUAGACUGGACCUCGUAUCUCCUAUGCGCUGGGCCAAGUAUGGUUUUAGGGGAAGCUAUCCGCUCACGGAACCUGCAGCCAUAUGAUGCCUCAGUGGCCAAGCUGGUAGACGUGAUCAAUGAUAGACCAAAGCUCUUGGACGAAACACAAAUUCUUCUCGUUAUGAAGAAAACUAAAAAUGAAGGAAGAAGGCUACCGUACGUAUUUUUGGCACAAAUUCUCGGUGGCUCAUUGGAACGAGUCCAAAGUCUAGAUGAAGCCAGAGUGAGACUUCGAGAGAGGGAGUCCCAAGACCGACCUUUUGAUUGGGUAUACGUCGACGAUCAUUUGCAUAAUGCUCAGAACGCCUUGUUUGGCGCGGCUGCAGGGGAUGCGGCUCCGAAGAAACGAAAACGGCAAAGCACAGGGUCAGAGGAUUCUAACCGACCACCGAAGAGAAUUAGGACGCUCAACGAUGAACUGGUAAUCCAAAGUUUAAUCUUAGGCAGGUUGGUUGAGGAAGGGGAAUUGGAUGGGUAACCGUUACUUAGGAUUGAUGUCAUAGGAUUGGGGAAUUGGACUGUACAAUAACAUCUUGAUGGCGUUUUGGUCGAGGGCCUGUAGGCAUUUAGGCGGUGCAUUCCUAUGAUGCAGGCAAAUGCUACAGGGUACUAUACUAUACCCAUACUCAGGUACUCAUCGAUUGAGGAUUGCGGAUGAGCAGAACGGCUCUCCAGGCCGUGAAUGAUGAAAAUCAUGGAGAAUAUGACAGAUAGGGUUGGCUCCGGUAUCAACAAGUGUCAUUGACGUGUUCUGAAUAUCUUCACUAACAAGUAAGCAAGCCAGCUUGAUGCAAAAUCCGGGAUUAGCUUCUUCUUGAAAUCAUACGUAGCAUCGACAUGCCACGAUACUUGUUUUUUGACGUUCAAGUGCCUGCCUGGUUGAGUAGAAUCCAUGGGCGGUCUCAGGGACUUCAUAUGUAUCGGUAAUCACUAAGUAAUGAUUACUUUAUACAGCUUGUACAGUUCAUACAGUUUGUACGUAUGUAUGUCGGUCGGCGGUGGUGAAUAAAUAGCAAGUCAAUGUCGUCAUCCCGCAAAGAUGGGUUAGGUAUGGUAGGUAUAGGGGUUCCAUGCUUAUAAUACCGUGCCUUGAUUUUCAG